CCUUGACGACCGGGCAGCCUGCAACGGCGCUGCGGCGAGUCGUUGAGGCUGUGAGCCGAGCCAGGCCCUCUUGCGGACCUCCCUGACUUGGCCGGGCCGGCGCCGGAGAGAGUACCAGCCCCAUCCGAACGGGGACUAUGAGAAAAUGGUCGGGCAAACGAGGAAUAAGCUCAGAGGUGCGGCUUCAGAGCCGUCGCACUCUCUCCGCUCCACGCAGUCUAGGCGGCGGCGCCGCGCCACAGGAGCUGGGGAGCCGGAGUUGGAGGAGGAGCCGAAGGAGGAGGUGAAAAGGCCGGAGCCGCCUUUGCCCACACGCAGGGGGAACCUGCCAGGGGGCGCCCGGGAGUAUUCGCCGCGGAGGAUCCGAAACCUGAAAACCCAGAAUUGCGUGCCAGUGGAGAUGGUCACAAGGACCGAUCUUCUGAAUGGCCGCUUUCAGUUUCUCCGCGCUUUUCUGGAACAGCUCUGGGACAAGGCGCAACUAUUGCAAAGACGUCAGGUCUCGGGCAAGGGGGCCUUCGGCAUAGCUGCCUUUGUGGCAAUUUUGCACUGGGUACAUUUGAUAACACUUUUUGAAAAUGAUCGUCAUUUUUCUCACCUCUCAGCCUUAGAACGGGAGAUGACUUUUCGCACUGAAAUGGGACUUUAUUAUUCCUACUUCAAGACCAUUGUUGAAGCACCUUCAUUUUUGCAAGGACUAUGGAUGAUUAUGAAUGACAGGCUCACUGAAUAUCCCCUUGUAAUUAAUACAGUGAAACGCUUCCAUCUUUAUCCAGAGGUGAUUAUAGCCUUCUGCUAUCGCACAUUUGUGGGAAUAAUGAAUUUAUUUGGGUUAGAAACUAAGACCUGCUGGAACGUGACCAGAAUUGAACCUCUAAAUGAAGUUCAAAGCUGUGAAGGAUUGGGAGACCCUGCUUGCUUUUAUGUUGGUGUGAUUUUUAUUUUAAAUGGAAUAAUGAUGGGAUUGUUCUUCAUGUAUGGUGCUUACCUGAGUGGGACUCAACUUGGAGGUAUAAUUACAGUUUUAUGCUUCUUUUUCAACCAUGGAGAGGCUACUCGGGUGAUGUGGACACCACCUCUCCGGGAAAGUUUUUCAUAUCCAUUUCUUGUACUUCAGAUGUACAUCUUAACUGUGAUUCUCAGGACCACGAACAAUAGUAGAAGGCACUUUAUUGCUCUCUGCCUUUCCAAUGUUGCUUUUAUGCUUCCCUGGCAAUUUGCUCAGUUUAUACUUUUUACACAGAUAGCCUCAUUAUUUCCUAUGUAUGUUGUGGGGUACAUUGAGCCAAACAAGUUUCAGAAGAUAAUUCAUGCGAACAUGAUUUCAGUUUUCCUUUGUUUUGUAUUCAUGUUUGGAAAUCCAAUGUAUUUAUCUUCUUAUUAUUCUUCAUCUCUGUUAAUAACAUUGGUGAUAAUUCUAAAGAGAAAUAAAAUUCAAAGAUUUGGAGUAUCUGAACUCCAUUUUUGGGUAAUUCAAGGUAGUGCUUGGUUUUGUGGAACAAUCGUUGUGAAAUUUCUGACAUCUAAAAUUUUAGGUGUUUCAGACCAUAUUCGCCUGAGUGACCUUAUUGCCGCCAGAAUCUUAAGAUAUACAGAUUUUGAUACCUUAAUUUACACCUGUGCUCCUGAAUUUGACUUCAUGGAAAAAGCGACGCCAGUGCGAUACUCAAAGACAUUGUUGCUUCCAACUGUUGUGGUGAUUACUUAUUUUAUCUUUAAAAAGGCUUUUCGUGAUAUUCUGUGUGUCUUAUGUGCAAACACUUAUCUAAGAAAACAGCUUCUUGAACAUGGUGAGCUAAUUUUUCACACAUUGCAGUUGCUUGCAUUUACUUCCCUUGCCAUUUUAAUUAUGAGGCUGAAACUCUUUUUGACACCUCACAUGUGUGUUAUGGCUUCCCUGAUAUGUUCUCGGCGGCUCUUUGGCUGGCUUUUUUGCAGAGUUCGUUUUAUGCCUCUUAUCCUCAGUCUUGUAACAGUAAUGUCAAUACAAGGUUAUGCAAACCUCCAUAAUCAAUGGAGCAUAAUAGGAGAAUUUAAUAAUUUGCCCCAGGAAGAACUGAUACAGUGGAUCAAAUACAAUACCAGGCCAGAUGCUGUUUUUGCUGGUGCCAUGCCUACAAUGGCAAGUGUCAAGCUUUCCACUCUUCACCCCAUUGUGAAUCACCCACAUUAUGAGGAUGCAGACUUGAGAGCUCGGACAAAAAUAGUUUACUCCGCAUAUAGUCGAAAAUCUGCAAAAGAAGUGAGAGAUAAGUUGGUGGAGUUACAUGUAAAUUACUACAUUUUAGAAGAGGCAUGGUGUGUUGUGAGAACUAAGCCUGGUUGCAGUAUGCUUGAAAUUUGGGAUGUGGAAGACCCUUCUAACUCAGCUAACCCCCCCUUAUGUAGCGUCUUGCUCAAGGAUGCGAGGCCGUACUUCACCACAGUGUUUCAGAAUAGUAUGUACAGAGUGUUAAAGGUUAAUUGAGAAAAGACUGCCCUUUACACUAUGGUGCAAAGAGGUGUACAAAAACAAUCAAUUUAGUUUAUUUACAUUAAUAAAAAUCACAAGCUUUAAUAAGGGACCCUUAAAAACAAGAUAGGAAAAAUGAUUUAAAGUUUUUCUAAUUUCUAAAAGGUAAAUUAUUUCAUUGUUUUCCAUUGAAUGUCAGCCUUAUUAAACUUGUCAUAUAAAUGAAUAAAUCAUUUCAUGUUCCAUA